UUUCUAGGUGUCAUUUUCGGUUUCAUAAACAAAUCGAAAUAUAAUCGUAUAUUUUGAUUUUGCUAUCUAUUUCUAAGUUUAUAUUUUAGUUAAGAUUCAUAAUUCAUUUUAGUAUCAAUUCUUAAUAGGUGUUUGUUUCUAUGGAAUAUAACUAAAAAUGUCGAAAGAAUUAUCCCAAGUAAAGCAGUUGAGGUUAUGCGCUUUAUGUGAUGACAAACCUAGUAAAUACUGCUGUCCAAGAUGCGAAGUUUUUUACUGCUCCCUCGAUUGCUACAAAUCAGACAAACACAUGGAAUGUUCGGAAAAUUUUUACAGAGAGUGCGUAAACCAAGAAUUAGCAUCACAUCAUGUUGAUGAAGAUGCUAAAUUGAAAAUGGUCGAAAUAUUGAAGAAAAUGCAUGAAAAUGGAGAUGAUGAGAUUGAUGAUCCUGAAAAUUGUGAAGAUGUUGACUCUGAUGAUGGGUCAGAUAUAGAUUUACACACACGAAUACAGGAUUUAAACUUGGAUGAUCCGGAUGCUCUUUGGAAUGCAUUGACUGAGGAUGAGCGAAAUGAAUUUGAGUUUAUGCUGAGCAAAGGUGAUGUAGGCGCUAUAAUACCACAGUGGGAGCCCUGGUGGUUGUAUUGUAAGGAAAAAAAACUUAUAGAGGAUGUAAACGAGACCAGUAAUGAAGCAGAGGUAUUAAAGACAUGCCCUCAAAUAAAAUCUGUACCAAAGUUUUCGUCUCUCACUAGUGUGAAACCAUCCCCUGCUAUAAGAUUCAAUAUGGCAAAUGUAAUAGCUUCAUAUGCAUUCACUUUGAGGUACUUUAAUGGUGAAAUAGAACCCGUGGAAACAGCAAUUUAUAUGCUAGAUAUUUGUACAAAUUUAAAUAACAAUAUUAACUUUGAAGAUCCUGAUUUGGCGAUUGAAUCGGUUGCUCAAAGAUGUUUACAAAGCGAAUUAAUUGAAACAGAUGAAACAAGUUUAGAUGUGAUGAGAAAUGACACAUUACUAAUUUUGAAAGGACCUAGUGAAGAAAAUAAAUUAUUUUACAGUAAAGCAGCAUUCUCACAUAUCAUACAGAUUUUCACAGAUGCAAAAUCACAGUCCAAAUCGAACAAAACAGACUCCAAUGUUGACAAUAAAAACAAGGGGAUCUUCUCUAAAAAAUUCCCAGAACAUAAUAAAAAUCAUUUGCCUAGUAUAGAUGUGAGCAAACUUAAGAAAAUUAUAAAGAAACUCGAAUAUUAUUUAUCGUUUCUAGAUAGUUGUAAUGAUUAAUUUGUGUAUAUG